CUCGUCUCCUUUCAGGUGGGCUCAUCAAGAAAUCUGAACAGUCAAUUCCAAAUUCCAUGUAAUACUCUGGUUUUUGCAUGGUUCUUUCAACUCCACGGAAUGCCUUGUUCGAAGCUUGAUUGGCUUGAAUCGGAGUCCGCGAUGGUUGGUCACGCUAAUUCUUCCGAUGCGUUCUCUUUCAUUUCCAAAGGAUGGAGGGAGGUUCGUGAUUCAGCGGAUGCGGAUCUUCGCUUGAUUAAGGCCAGAGCCAACUCCUUCAAGAAUUUGGCGACCUCGUUCGACCGUGAAAUCGAGAAUUUCUUUAACUCGGCUACUACUUUCUAUGUUCCUGCAAUUGGUUCGGGAUCCUCUCCUCCUGCUGAGAUUGAGUUUGUGAAGAAUUUGCAGCUGAAGAUAUCGGCGGAUCGCAGGGUCUAUGCCUCGCCGAGCUUUAGCAAAAAAAUGCUGGAGAAAUUGAAGCCGAGGACGAGAAUUCGGAUUAAUUUGUCUUCUAUUAAGAACGCAAUUGUGUCGGAGGUUGAAGAUGGAAAUGGAUUGAAGAAAUGGAAUAGAGUGAGGUUUGGGGAGUUUUGGGGAGAGAAUGAGAGCGAGGAGGGGAAGGAUGUUAGGGCUUGGGAGCCAAUCCAAGCAUUGAAGACGAGAUUGAGGGAGUUUGAGAUGUUUGAGGGCUUUAAGAACAGCGAUUUCGUGAAGAAAGUGAAGUCGAGCUUGAGAUCAAUUUGCAAGGACCCUGAAGACUCAAAGGAGGUGCUGCCACUGGAUGUAUCAGAGCUUAUAGCAUGUUUAGUUAGGAAAUCUGGACCUUUUCUUGAUCAAAUUGGCAUUAGUAGAGGGAUAGCCAGUGUCCUCCAAAGUACCGGUUAUUGCUAUGAUGGUGGAUUUUGGACUGAUCAUACAAAGCACGUACCGUCAGAUGGGAAAAGGCAUUUUGCAAUUGUCACGACGGCUAGCCUUCCAUGGAUGACGGGAACAGCCGUAAAUCCCUUGUUUAGAGCUGCAUAUCUAGCACAAUCUGCGAAGCACAAUGUGACAUUAUUAGUUCCUUGGCUUUCCAUGUCAGAUCAGAAGUUAGUUUAUCUUAGUCCUCUCACCUUCAGUUCUCCAGAAGAGCAAGAAGUUUACAUUCGUAAAUGGCUUGAGGAAAGAAUUGGCUUCAAGCCUGAUUUUAAGAUUUCAUUCUAUCCAGGAAAGUUCUCGAAAAAAAGGCGGAGUAUCUUACCUGCUGGGGAUACUUCCCAGUUUGUUCCUUCUAAGGACGCCGACAUAGCAAUCUUGGAAGAACCAGAACACCUUAAUUGGUAUCAUCAUGGCAGACGUUGGACCGAUAAAUUUAACCUUGUUGUUGGGGUUGUUCAUACAAAUUACCUGGAAUACAUAAAGCGGGAGAAGAAUGGUGCUGUCCAAGCUUUCCUUGUGAAGCACAUAAACAACUGGGUCAUCCGAGCACACUGUCACAAGGUUCUUCGACUUUCUGCUGCCACACAAGAUCUUCCCAAGUCUGUUAUUUGCAAUGUCCAUGGUGUAAAUCCAAAGUUUUUAAAAAUUGGGGAUAAAGUCGAAGAAGAUAGGAAACUUGGGAAUCUAGCUUUUUCAAAAGGCGCUUAUUUCUUAGGCAAAAUGGUCUGGGCAAAAGGAUUCAGAGAAUUAAUAGAUUUGCUGGCAAAACACAAGCAUGACCUUGAUGGAUUCAAUUUGGAUGUGUUCGGAAAUGGAGAGGACGCCGACGAGGUUCAGAGCGCGGCUAAAAAGUUAGAGUUGAAUGUAAACUUUUUGAGCGGAAGGGAUCACGCCCACGAUUCAUCUCAUGGGUACAAAGUUUUUAUAAACCCGAGUGUUAGCGACGUGCUCUGUACAGCAACAGCCGAGGCUCUUGCCAUGGGAAAAUUUGUAGUAUGUGCAGAUCAUCCAUCCAACGACUUCUUCAGGUCCUUCCGCAACUGCUCGAUUUACAAGUCAUCUGAUGAUUUUAUUGCCAAAGUAAAAGAGGCAUUAGAAAACGAACCACUCCCUCUCACUCCUGAGGAAAGGUACAAUCUCUCAUGGGAGGCUGCCACUGAGAGAUUCUUGGAGUAUUCUGAUCUUAACAAAGUCUUGAACAACGAUCGAGAAUUAGAAUCAAACGAUACCGAUGGGAAAACAAUCAGCAAAUCAAUCUUAACAUCUAGUUUGACAAAAGCUGUUGAUGGGGGUCUUGCGUUUGCCCAUUACUGUAUCACCGGUAACGAAUUCCUCAGACUUUGUACCGGAGCAAUCCCCGGGACUCGCAACUAUGACGAAGAGCACCGUAAGGAACUACAUCUUUCUCCUCAGGUUGAAAAUCCUAUCCAUACAUGUUAAGCAGGUAAGUAAAAAAAAUUUAUCUUCCAAACCGUCUUUAAUGUAUCGAAAACAUGUUUAUUCCUUGGACUCGUACAUUACGAAUCCGUAGCUAGUUUAGAUAGGUGUAGAAGCAUAUCCAAGGAUCAUUAUUUCCCCUCUUAUAGGGCUGUGCCCUGUAGAGUAGAAAAUAGAAUGUGCGUAGAGGAUCUGGUAUGCUGUUGGGCAGUGGAGAUUUAGAAACGCUUCAUUGCCAUUUCCUUGAUUAGGAGGGUUACAAUAUACAGCCACAUUAUCAAACUAUAUUCAUCCUACCUUCCUAAA